AUUUUAGACCCAGGAUUUAUUUGUGAGAAAUAUUCGUUUUGGUGGUCUUUUUAAUUAUUUUGUUACACUCUGUAUACAAUGGUAAUAUUACCAAUUAAAAAAUUAAAAAGUCCCUAGUGAAGGUAGUGGCCACUGACGAACUUCAUUUAAAUCCCUACCGAAAUGGCUGCAGUAAGAAGCAUCUCACGGUUGUUGUCCCAAAGGUCCGUCAGUCAGAUUGUACGGAGAGGAUAUGCGGAUGAGAUGAGCUUUACAUUUGCGGCUGGAAAUCAGGUGUUUUAUGAGUCCGCCUCUGUCCGUCAGGUAGAUGUGCCCUCAUUUUCUGGGGCGUUUGGUAUUUUACCAAAACAUGUACCUACGUUAGCUGUGUUAAAACCUGGAGUUAUCACGGUUACGGAGAAUGAUGGUUCUAUUAAGAAAGUAUUCGUGUCAAGUGGUACGGUUACAAUCAAUGAAGACUCCAGUGUGCAAGUAAUUGCUGAGGAAGCGGCAACAUUAGAUCAGUUAGACCUUGCAGCAGCGAAGGAGACAUUAAGUUCUGCAUUAAGUCAAAUGAACUCUGCACAAUCGGAAAAGGAAAAAGCUGAGGCUGCUAUUGCUGUAGAAGUCGCAGAGACUAUUGUAAAGUCUAUUGAAUAGAGUUGUUAAUAUUACCUUUAAGUAAAAUGUCUGUAGUUAUCUCA